CACGUCCGCUCUAUGACUGUUGCUGUUUGGCAGCCAUGACAACGAGUUUUGAAAGUUGGAUGAAUGGCUGCGCCGAGGACGAACUUCUCCACCUCUAAAGCGCCUCAAAAGUCCCUGAAAUGUACCGUGUACUUGGACAUUCAGACAGUCACAUGUCCAGGAGCGCUCCUGUCGAAAAAGAACGACGUCUACCUCAGUGUGUGCAUCAUGGGCCAGUACAGAAAGACUCCCUUUGUGCCACCCGUGUUUCCUUUACUCUUACACCACAAAAUGGUCUUUGUAAAGACUUUCACCGGCAUUGUUGACCCUGCUGAUGUAGCUGACCUCCUCGAAGCUGACACAACAUCUUUUGAGCUGAUUCAGUUGGUGCCUCCAGAGGGUGAGAUCCUUGCCACAAUGAAGGAAAGCAGCAGAGAUUUCCUGUAUCCUGGUCCCAGACUGAGCACCAGAGAGGGAGCUGCAGAGAGAGAGAUACUGUUGAAGAGAUCCUCUUCCUUUCCUGGAAUCUCCCCCAAAGUGAAGUUUGGCACAGCAUCAGUCAUCGAAGAGGUUGAUGGAAGAGACAGCUGGCUUACCUCUCCUAUUUGCUGCCUUUCUCCAGUGACGCCAUCUCUAACCCCAUCGAGACAGAGUUCAGCAAAAAAGUCUUCGCCAUCCAAUGAGCAUUUUUCCAAAAUAGAUGAUGCAAACUGUGUCCCUUCAAAAGGUGGGAAGAAAAAGCUAAAUGUUGAGGCAAGACUUACAAACUCAACAUCUAGACGCUCCCCUUCUCCAUCCAAAUCUGGUCACAGUCCCCAGAAAAACAAGAAGAAAAGGACACAUGCUUCUUCCAGAGUUUCUGUAGACUGCAGCUACCAGCAGCCCACCGUUUCUUCAAGGACACGAGCCUUGUCCCCUUACACCCACCGCAAGAUGUGCCAGCUUUCAGAAGACACCCGGCAGAGGCUCAGCCAUCUCCAGCUGGGGCCUCACUACUUCAGGAAGGAGACGGAGAGCCAACCGCCCUUCUUGGUCUCUGGUUGCAGUAAUGUCUCCGGGUUAGGAACUCCUUCCUCCUCCGUACAGAGUGGCAGCAUGCUUCGGCACUCUGUCAGCUUCAAAGCUGAUCACACAGAUUCUUCUCUUUUGGGGAGUUACAGACCAAGAACAGCGAGAGUGAGGUCAGAGUCUGCAAGGGUCCAAUCGUCUCCAGAGACACAGUCCAGACUUGAAACCCAGACCAAAAGCCCAGUGAGAGGUGCUGCAUUAGCUCCGUCCACCCCGACCGUGUCAAACUCCAGAAGUCUUCUGAAUCAUAACUACUCCCUCAGAGAAAGACUACGGACCAGUGAGCCCAGUCCAUCCUACUGGGAGCAGAUCCACAGCCGAGUCCAGAGGAUUCUGCGGACACACAAAACCAGCUUGGACCACCAAGAUCUGACCUUUGGCCUUUAACUUACUGAUGUGACCAAACAACUGCGGUGACAAUACAAAGACUAUUCACUGUUAAACCAGUCACUUUAAUAAUGCAUCCUUACAUUUCAAAGUCAAAACCAGAUGCUUAGGAAUGGAUACGCGCACACAGAGCACCUUCUUAACCUCAGGAUUUCAUCAUUCAGUGAGUCGAACCAUCUCACACACACAUCUUCAUUUAUCUCCCUUUGAAGUUUAUUUAAAUUUCCAAUCAUCUCGAGCACCUGCUGAGCCGUGUUUGUUGUCGUUACUCUUAGAAAAGGCAGGAAAUUUACAGGGGUUACUUUCAAAAGCAUCCUCCCACCCAUCAGCUGGGCUCUGUUUAAAAAAAAAAACACACACACAAAAAAACAAACAGAGACCUCGUCUAAUUUCUCUAAAGCUGUGCGGAAAUUGCCUCGGGUAAAAAGAAGCAUCAUUGUGUGUGUGUGUAUGGGAAGGAGACAUGGUGGCUGUAAGCUGCAGCUGUUAAGGGCUCAUCUCUCGCAACACAAAAGAGAGACAAGAAGGUAGCCAAGAGCCACCGUUGAGAGCCAGUGAAGAGAUUUAAGAGAGAGAAGGAACAAAAGUAAUCCUGAAUGAAAGAGCAGGCGACACAAUGAAACGUAGCCUCAACAUGAAUCAAGACGGUCAAGUAGAUACAUAGUGUGUGUCGUGUGUAUGUGCUCAUCAGAGGUUACCUGCUCUUUAUAAUGUGUGAUAGUAUUUCAUACAUCUAUAGGAGGUGAAUUACAUCUUUUAUCAAGGCUAAUCAAAUGAAAUGCAGCCACUCUCUUCACCUAUAGAUGAAUUUAUUUAAUAUGUUUUGUGUUUCAGGGGGAGGGGAUAUGAGAUACAGUGAAUGAUCACAUCUUUUCUGCUUUUCUUCGAUGCAGUAGGAUCUAAUGAAAGCUAAAACUAAAUCCUGUGUUUGACCAUGUGGCCAUCUCCAGAGGGAGAUGUCCGUCAGAUUGCGAUGCUCACUUGAAAAGGACGUUACAGUAAAAAAUGUUUGUCUCACUAAAAUUCAUAGUCUACCAAACAGGUGUAUCCAUUAACUUCUGACAGCUUAUAAAUGUGUUUUUCAUUGAAUCUUGAACAGACAGUGAAAUAUGUCUGGGGAUUGCACGCUGCAUGUUCUUCUCUUCACAGCGGGGAAUAGUUUUAAUAAUCUUGCUCCCUGCAUCUGCUUCAUCUUUCUUACCAGGAACUACAGUUCAUUUUAAUUUAAAAAAACAUAUCCAAAGCUGUUACAGUCUAUAUACAUACCUAUUGUAUUACAAAUGAAACAGUAUUAAAAUGUUAAUAUUAGCAGUAAUCAAAUGAAAAUGAUGGAAAAUUCCUUAAUGGUUUAUCGGCGCGCGUGUGUGUGUGUGUGCGUGCGUGCGUGUGUGUGUUUUCAGUAUUUAACGACUACUUGCAUACAAUAAAAAACAUUCACUUAACACUAGUUGUCAUAAGCAACAGUAAAAUGAUGGUGAUGUUUCAUCCUGCAGGAAAAGCCACAUUUUCAGACUGUGAUGAGUUCAUGAACUUCACAAAAUGGUGCCAGUCAAAGAAAUAUUUUACUUUUUUUUUUGAAUAACUAUGAUUGCUCUGCAACAAACAGUUUGGAAAGUACAGAUCCAUGUGAUUAAAAAUUAUUUGUUUCUGUUGUAAA